AUGAAAUAUUAUAAGCAAGGACAAUUUCUUUGUUACAUCGGAACAUGGAUACCUUUUGUUAUAUUAGUCACAAUAUUUCUAUACUUUUAUGUAGUGUAUGUAUAGGUAUAUGAUGCCUAUUAAUGUUAAAGACCUAUUUGUUACCUCGUAUAAGAUCAGAGUAUAUUGAAAGACCAGUAGUAGAAAUAAAUACUUAUUUGAUUCAAUUAAUACAUAUCAAUGACUAUGUAUUCAGUAAUUCAACAGUGGUAAUUACAAUAUUAUUGCAUACAUUACUUAUUCUCUUUUUAAUUACAUUAAUAAGAGUAGUAAUAACAUUACCUGGAAGAGUGCCUUAAGAAUGGUUAAAUAAAGUAGAGGGAGAAAUAAAUAAGAUGAUAGAAAAUGAGGAGAAUAUGAUAAAUUUUCAUAAAAAAGGAUCAUAGACAUCAACAUCAUUCUCUUCAGAAAUAGAUGAUGAAUAACGAUUAUAAUUGAAUAUAAAAGCAAGAUUGGAAUUGAUAGAUAAAUCUGGUCAUAGAUUUUGUAAAAAUUGUUAAUCAUUCAAACCAAAACGUUGUCAUCAUUGUCGUUAAUGUAAGACAUGCUGGUUGAAAAUGGAUCAUCAUUGUUAAUGGCUCAAUAAUUGCAUAGGUUAUAACAAUUAUAAAUUGUUUAUCAAUUUACUUUGUUAUUCAUGUAUAACAUAUAUAUAUAUAAAUAGGGUUACUUAUAAGUUUUAUAAUGAUAACAUAUAGUCGUUGUUAUUAUGAUACUUUAAAUUCAUUUUCAUCUGAUAGUAAACUAUUUCUAGUUUCAUUUACAUUUCUGUAUUGUUGUUUCUUGUGGAUACUAUUAACAGCAUUUACAUUAUUCCAUUUAUGGUAAUUUAAUUCAUUAUAAUGAGAUCAAUAGGGCAAUCAAAUCAAACAUCACAACCCUUGAAUAUUGUGAGAAUAAACCUAGACAACCACUUUAGAAAAGUGCUUUAGAGAACUUUGUUGAAGUGUUUGGUAUCAAUCCUUUAAUUUGGUUCUUACCAAUUUAACCAAAUACGAAACCAAUAUUGGAUUGA